UUAUCAAACAUCGUGUUGUGUUUGGUGAAACUACGUCUGCAAAGCGUAUAAAAUAUUUUACUAAUUACUUAGAUAGGUAAUCAGAAUUCCAGAAAUAAGAGUAACAGUUUAAUCAGCUAAAAUGUCGGAAAGAAAAGUUUUAAAUAAAUAUUAUCCCCCGGAUUUCGAUCCGUCUAAAAUCCCUCGCAUGAAAUUAGCGAAAAACCGACAAUAUACCGUAAGAUUGAUGGCUCCAUUUAAUAUGCGAUGUGCCACUUGUGGAGAGUACAUUUAUAAGGGAAAGAAAUUUAACGCCCGAAAGGAAGAUGUGGAAAAUGAAGACUACUUGGGUAUCAGGAUAUACAGAUUUUAUAUUAAAUGUACUCGGUGUCUACAAGAGAUAUCAUUCAAGACAGAUCCCAAAAAUACAGAUUAUGAAAUAGAAGCGGGUGCGACCAGAAAUUUCAUGGCAUUGAAAUUGGCUGAAGAACAAGCUAAAAGAGAAGAAGAGGAACAGAAAGAAGAAGAAGCUAAUAAUCCCAUGAAAUUAUUAGAAUACAGAACAGAACAGUCAAGGCAAGAAAUUGAAUUGUUGGAGAGUCUUGAAGAACUCAAAGAGCUAAAUCGUAGACAAAGAACGGUGGAUUAUGAGGGAAUGCUGAAGCAAUUCCAACCAGAAACAGCAGAACAAAGAAAGGCGCGCGAGGAACAAGAAGAUAAUGAAUUUAUAAAGUCAGUUAAAUUCAACAAUCCUUCAAAGCACAAAGUAGUGUCAGAAGAAAUAAUCGAAGAUGUUGAUGAAGAUUAUGAGCCAAUUGCAAAGAAUAUUAAAACAGAGGAUCCACCACCCAAGCCAGUAGUUGCAAAGAAAGAAACCUGGAACAAAAGCAUAGGUGUCAUAUCUAAGAAGACACCUUUAGCCAAUCUAGUAAGGAGUAAGAAACCAGAGACAAGUAAAAGUGUCAGUGAAAAAGAUGUGCAAGGUUCGUCAAAUUGUUCUAAUAGUGGAAAUAGUAAAGAUAGUGAGCAAGCAAAGCCUUCAGGACUAUCGCUAUUAGCUGAUUAUUCAGGCAGUGACAGUGAUUCAUAGUGAGUUAUCAUUUGCAUGUUUUCUUACAUUGACUCUGUAUGUAGCCUUUAUGUGACAUAUCUUGGGGUAUUCUGAUUGGAGUACAAAUUAAAAGAAAUAUAAUGAUUAUGUUACAUG